UUUGAUCAUUCAUGCAAUCACUUUGCCUGUGGCCUUACAACAUUUACGUGUGAUGUUGACGUCAUAUGUAAAAGGAUAUAAAUAUACACAGAGCUGAAAAUACAUUAUUCUCAAGAAAACUACAAGUUGUGGACAGCCAUGGUGUCACUGGUUGUAGUGGCUGUAUUUCUCCUCCAGGGGGCUCUAUUUCAGCCCCCUCAGGCAGCAGCAUUCAAAAUCCUCCCUGCUGAUCAAUCCCUAACACAUGAACAAAUCACUAGGGCAGCUUUCCUCCGCAAGAUGGCAGAGGUUUGCCGAGAUGUAGCCACUUCCCAGGGCAAAGACUUUACGCUUCCUAUCAACAGCAAACUGACUGCAACUACCGUCCAGAGAGCCUGCUCAAAUGCAUAUUCUUCCCUCUUGAAACUAUCCUCUUUCAAUCUGGCUAUUGUUCAGACUUCCCUUAGCAAUGCAGCUGUGGAUAGAAAGCAGUUCAGUACUGCUCACCAUUUCGAUGAUGAAGAUUUCAAAAAUGGACGAGACCUCAUUACUAAGGGUGUAGCUGCUGUGAAAGUCAGCAUCAAACAGGGGAACUAUUUGUCCGCCCGCACCAGUCUUGGGAUUGUAUCUCAUACUUUACAGGAUUUCUAUAGCCACAGUAACUGGGUGGAACUGGGAAGCAAUGCACCUUUCAGCACACUGAUCAAACCUGAGCUUCCUCUCGACAACCUAGCAAGUCCCAAUACAAAAACAUGCCAAAGCUGUAUCGGAGAAGACUGCAGUAACAACAUUCUCCCAGAGAUAAUCCAGCAGAAGAAAUUAACUUCAGGAUAUUUCCACCUUGUAUUCCCAUUCAAACCUGCAGGCAAGUGUAGCCAUGGUGGUGCUUUUGACAGGACCAGUUCAACAGAACCAACUGGAGGCAUUAACAAGGAUGACAUCAGUUCAGAGCAUGGCUUCCUUCACCAGCGAGCUGCUGACAUGGCCAUCAAUGCUACUAUGGAACUGCUGGAAGACAUCCGACUGGCAACAGGCGACCAAGCCUUUCUUCGACUGAUGGGCCUCAGUCAGACCUCAGUUCUGGCUUUUGUGAUUGACACCACAGGCAGUCUGUCUAACUACAUCACAGAGGCCAAGAGAGUGUCCUUCAGUAUCAUAGACAGCAGGAGAGGAACAUCAGAGGAACCUUCAGAAUACAUUCUAGUAAAAUUUAAUGACCAGGGUUUUGAACUUGUGAUAAGAACUGGGGAUGCAGAUAAGUUCAAAGAGCAAAUCAAUUCCCUGUCAUCAUCUGAUAGUUUAAACCCAGGGAUGUGCCUUUCAGGACUGCUGUUGACACUGACAAGAGCUCCUCCAUCAUCGGAUAUUUUUGUUUUCACUGAUGCUUCAGCAAAGGACACAGAAUUAAAAAGUUCAGUUGGGGCCAUGAUAGAAAGCACCAAGUCAAAAGUCACUUUCCUUCUGACAAACUCCAUCUCAACACGUAGUCAGCAGAAUGUUUCGUUAUCAAGAUCACUGUCUCAGUCAGAAAUACAGCUUUACAGAGACCUGACCCAUGUUUCUGAUGGACAAACCAUAGACUUCACAAACACUACAUCAUCUCAGGCCACUGCAGUCAUUACAGAUUUAAUCACUGCUGACCUGGUGACUGUUCUUCAGGCAACGAGAAAUCCACCUAAGGCAGAAAACUUUUCUUUUGUGCUGGAUCCAACUCUGUCCAAUGUGACUGUGUAUAUCAACGGAGACUCUCCAGUCUUUACUCUCUACAGCCCUACUGGUGUGUCUCAGUCGGGUUCAGUGACAGAUGGUCCUCUGGGCAGCAUCCUGACUGUAGGGAAUCUAAAGAGAGUAAAACUCAACUCUGUCGGCCAGACAGGAGAGUGGAAGAUCAGUAUAAACUCUACAAGCUCCUACAACAUGAGAGUUACUGGUCAGAGUUCUGUGGACGUUCUCUUUUACUUUGUGGAGAUAGUUGAGGGAGGUCAUGGAGACUCAUGGGGACAGAGUUUUACCCGCCCUUUUAUUGGUCGGAAUGCUACUUUCUAUGUCUCUGUGACUGGAAGAGAUUCGGUCACAGUGACUGAAGUGCUUCUAGUUGAAGCUUCAGGAUCUGAUUUUGUUAAUGGAACUAUCAAAGCUGUCGGUGCGACAGACUUCCUGGUCAACAUUGACAGAAUCCCAGAGUGGGCAUUUGUGGUGCAGCUGAAAGGGCUGUUGAAUGACUCGUCAUCGGUUAGUCGAUUCCAGAGACAGUCACCCACCCAGCAUAAAGGAUCUAGAAUAACAGUCAUGGCCCAAUCACAGAAUAUUACACAGCCUGGAGUCCCAUUGAGUCUCAACUUUACAGUGGCCACUAAUACUACAGGUGGCACCUACACUAUCAGAGCUCUGAAUGACCAGGGCUUCAGCGUGUCUUUCCCUAGCUCUCUGAUCCUUGAAACAGGGGGAAGUGUUCAAGGAAGUGUGACACUGACUGCACCCUCCGACACAGAGUCAGGGACGGAUGUCAAACUCACUAUUGAGGCAGAAGCUCCAGGAUCCACUGACCUGAAUUAUGUCACACUGCAACUCACUGUCUCAACAGCAAAUGCUAUUUUCAGUGGAUGUUACUCACUUUCUGUGUGCCUUUCUUUCUUCUUUUUUAUCGUUUGCCAUUUUGUAUGUUUCUAAAUAACAUUUUAAAUCUUUACUUGUCUUGAACUGUUUUGUGUAAAAGAGCCUUUGUAAAUAUCAAAGAAUCAAUGUUAAGGUUUACUACUGAAAUUUAACUUUCACUUUCUGUUGUAUGUGAACAGGUGCAUUUGGGGCUAGUUUUUGUGGAUAGUUGUGAUUUCAUUGUGUAGUAUAUACUCUUGAUCUUUUUGAACGUUUAUUAAAGAAAAAGUUCACAUAAGGGGCAUCAGCAUUGUGUAAACUAUUUGUUUUGUUUUUUAGCUUCCACUCUCAUUCAGUUUCUCCUUGGCUCAGAGGGUUCAGGACUGAAUGAAUGAAUUGACGUGUACGACUGAUUUUUGAUCUACCACUAAUAUUGAAAUAUAUAUUGAACCAUUUUCUGGGAAAGUUUGUUAUGGGGAGAGUAAGUGAUGCAUUGUUAUGGCUCAUUAACAGUUGUCAGGGAAACCAAGGCAAGUUUGCUUUGGUUAGAUCAAACACAAGAUGUGUGUAAUUUGAUAGGGCAGAAUCAACAAUAGUAGUUAAUAAGGAAGUAAAUAUUCUUCCUUACUGACAUUUGCACAGCCACACAUUUACAGAAAGGAUUAUCAUGUAUACAGUACAUAAUUUACAUCAAAUAUACUGUAUGUGUGAUGCUGAUAUUCAUCAUGUGUAAAGGUAUAAAGGUGUAAAUAUACUGACAAAGGCUGUACAUAAAUUAAAACUUUUUUUGUUUAAAAUAUUUGAGGUAUUAUGUAAUAUUUUGUGAGGAUUUUCCAGGUAAAGAUUAUACAUUUUAACUGCUGAAAAAUAAUGUAUUAAAUUGUUAUAAUUUUAAGGCAAGGCACUACAGGAUUCUUUUUGUGCAUUAGUCAGUUUUGAGAUUUUGGGCUAUUUGGUUUUCCUAAAGUGUUGUUUCAGACUAGUGGAAAGAAAACAUUUAAAAUACACUUAAGUGUUUAUUUUAUUUCACUUUAUCUAUUUGCAUCUGGAGAUCAAUUAUAGUAUAUAUUUUGCAAGCAGUUUUCUCAAAAUGAGUUCAAAUACAUAAGUCAAACUUAAUUUUUACUAGGGGGUUUUGUUUGAUGUAUCAUUCACCUGAUUUUAUACAACAUUUUAUAUUCUUAAAAUCAUGGAGUUUGUGUCUGUGCAUAUAUAUAUAUAUUCUGUAAAUACAGGUCAGAGUUCUGUGGACGUCCUCUUUUACUUUGUGGAGAUAGUUGAGGGAGGUCAUGGAGACUCAUGGGUUUCACCCUCCCUUUUAUUAGUACAUCAUACAUCACCCAUCCA